UCGCGACAUCUCUCGUAGCGAGGGGGAACUCAUAAAUCCUAACUUCCGUCUCCUCGGCGCCCGGCCGACCGCCGCCUGCUUCGUCCGCCGCCGCGGGGUGACCGGCAGAUGGGCGUGCACGGCCUGUGGGGGCUGCUGGCCCCGGUGGGGCGGCGCGUGUCGGUGGAGACCCUCGCGGGGAAGCGGCUGGCGGUGGACGCCAGCAUCUGGAUGGUGCAGUUCAUGCGGGCGAUGCGGGACGACAAGGGCGACAUGAUCCGCGACGCCCACAUCCUCGGCUUCCUCCGCCGCAUCUGCAAGCUCCUCUUCCUCCGGGCCCGCCCGGUCUUCGUCUUCGACGGCGCCACACCGGCCCUCAAGCGCCGAACCCUCGCCGCCCGACGCCGCCACCGCGACGCCGCUCAGGCCAAGGUCCGCAAGACCGCCGAGAAGCUCCUAAUCUCCCAUCUCAAGGCAAGUAGGCUUGAAGAAUUGGCAGCACAAAUCAAAAGUGACAGGGCUAAGCAUGAUGCUAAGGGCAAGCAAGCUGAGAGCAGUAGAGGAGAAGAAACUGAGAUAGCAAUUGGAGAUCAAAACCGAAAUGACGAUGGCGAGAACAGCAGGGGAACAGUUGCACCUAUCAACCAGGAAAAGCUGGAUGAACUGCUGGCCGCGUCACUUGCUGCAGAGGACGAGGCAGAUUUCAUAGGAAAAGGGGAACACAAUUCUGCAAGUGUUACAGUGCAAGAAGGAACUGGCAUUGAUGAGGAUGAGAACGAUGACGACGAAGAGAUGAUAUUUCCUAUGACAACUGGUGACCUUGACCCUGCGGUAUUAGCUUCUCUCCCUCCAUCAAUGCAGUUAGAUCUACUUGUCCAGAUGAGGGAGAGGGUGAUGGCUGAAAACAGGCAGAAGUAUCAGAAAAUAAAAAAGGAGCCAGCAAAAUUUUCGGAGCUUCAAAUACAGUCCUAUCUGAAAACUGUUGCUUUCCGUCGAGAAAUAGAAGAAGUUCAGAGGGGUGCUGCAGGUAAGGAUGUUGGGGGCAUCCAGACAUCGAAAAUAGCGUCAGAAGCCAACAGAGAGUUCAUUUUCUCAUCAUCAUUCACUGGGGAUAAACAGACGUUAGCACAAAGAGGUGUAGAUGAGCAUAUUAUUGAUAGCGCUAAAUCAAAAAGGGAAAUUGGUUCUGCUGUCUUCAAAUCCAGUCCCUCAAGUACUUCUAGAUCAAUUAACUCUCACAACAGUGAGCCUUUGACGGAUUUUGGGCCUGAUGUUGAGACGUACCGUGAUGAGAGAGGAAGGAUGAGAGUAAGUAGGGUCAGAGCAAUGGGAAUUCGUAUGACUCGUGAUAUUCAAAGGAAUUUGGAUUUUAUCAAAGAGCACGAGCAGGCAAAAGUCAUGGGACACACCAAUCUAAGCAAAGGAUCAACUAGCAAUGAAGAACCUCCAGAUUUUCCAGAACAUCUUUUUGAAAAUGAUAGGCUGCAGAGUUCUAUUGGACUGACUGAAGAUCUUGCUGAAACUAUUGGCGUCGAUGAUAACACCUCAUCACUUGUAGGAGGAUCUGAUGACAUUUGUGAGGGUUCCGACCAUGGAAGCAAAGAAACAAUAGAGAUAUCUUUUGCUGAUGAUCAAAUUGGAGCGAAGGACAACGACGAUGAGCUGUUUUUGCAUUUAGUUUCUGGAACUUCAUCCAGCUUCUUUGCUGAUGAUGAUCGUUUGGCUAAAAAUGCAGAGGAAUCUGACAACUCUGAGGGCAUUUGGGAAGAAGGUGUCAUAGAAGAAGAAAUACUUCCAAAGAAGUUCGGUGAGAAGGACUAUCAAUCGUCAGUGCCUGAUAACUGUUCUGCCGACGAUGAGAUGGAAUGGGAGGAAGGUGGCUUCGAUGUUCCUGAUGUUCCUUCCAGUAGUGAAUACAAUCAGUUUAAAUUACCAAGAGGGGAUAUAGAAGAAGAGGCUCUCAUACAAGAAGCAAUAAGGAGAAGUUUAGAGGAUUCUGAGAAGCAGGAAUUUGAGAAUGGGGUCCCUAAAGAUUUACAAACAUCUGAUGUUCCCGAACCAUCUGAAGCUCCUGGUACAACUUAUUACAACUCUGAAGCUUCUUUUUGUAAAGAAACAAUCAAAGAAUUAGGAGUAGAAAGCAAUGCUGGUGAGGAUGGUGUUAUGCAUGAUCCUGAAGUGCUUGAAGCUGAUGGACAAGAAAAUAAAAACCAAGCUCAAAGGGAGAGCAACGAUGGACAAACUGGUACGAACAAAUAUUAUUUGCCGGGGUCUCUUCCUCCGUAUAAUGUAUCCACCAGUACUUCUGCUGCAAGACAAUCUCCCAGCUCAAAGGACAAUGAUACAAUCAUAUCUGCACCAACAACUCACGAACGGCCUAAGGAUGAUAGCGAUGAAGUUAUCAAGCACAACACUUCAAAUUCUCAUAAAUCAGAAUGCAACAUAAAUGAUCCUUAUAUCGGAGAAACCUCCAAGGCACCCCGGAAGGAGCUUUUGAUGGAUGAAUUAGUAGCCAACACUGCUAUACAGAAGGAAAAUGUUGUCCAGGAAGAUAUAAACAUUACCAAAUUGAGUGAGAAUUAUGAUAACAAUAUCAUAUCAGAAAAUAAUCUAGAGGAGGAAAUAUCCUUUCUUAGACAAGAACAGGUAGAUCUUGGAAAUGAAAGGCGUAAGUUUGAAAGCCAUGCAGAGUCUGUCAGCAGUGAGAUGUUUGCUGAAUGCCAGGAAUUGCUCCAAAUGUUUGGCUUGCCAUAUAUAAUUGCACCCAUGGAAGCUGAAGCACAGUGUGCAUACAUGGAAAUUAACAACCUUGUUGAUGGAGUUGUUACCGAUGAUUCAGAUGUCUUCCUGUUUGGGGCAAGGAAUGUUUAUAAAAAUAUAUUUGAUGAAAGGAAGUAUGUGGAAACAUACCUUAUGAAGGACAUCGAAUCUGAGCUUGGGCUAACAAGGGAACAAUUAAUACGUAUGGCUUUGCUUCUUGGGAGUGACUACACUGAAGGAAUUAGUGGUAUUGGCAUUGUGAAUGCUAUUGAAGUUGUAAACGCAUUUCCGGAGGAAGAUGGCCUCCAGAAGUUCAGAGAAUGGAUUGAAUCGCCCGAUCCAGCAAUAUUGGGGAAACUUGAUAUGGAGACCAGUGGCAGUUCAAAGAGAAGAAAACCUGGUGCAAAUGAAUCGUGUGAAAAGGGAAAUAGCCUGCAACCUGAAUGUGUUGAAGGACCUGAUGAUAACCAAUCUUCUAACGAGAAGCAACAUGUCAAGGAAGUAUUUAUGAGUAAGCAUAGGAACGUAAGCAAGAACUGGCAUAUUCCUUCCACUUUUCCUAGUGAGACAGUUAUCAGUGCAUACAUUUCUCCACAAGUGGAUGAUUCAACAGAACGUUUUUCCUGGGGAAGACCAGACUUAAGCUUGCUACGCAAGUUAUGUUGGGAAAGGUUUGGCUGGAACAAGGAGAAAGCUGAUGAACUACUGCUUCCAGUCUUGAAAGAGUAUAAUAAGCAUGAGACUCAGCUGCGCAUGGAGGCAUUUUAUUCAUUCAACGAGAGAUUUGCCAAAAUACGUAGCAAAAGGGUUCAGAAAGCUAUCAAGGGUAUUACUGGGAAAACCUUUUCAGAAACGGAUGAACUCAAUGAGGAUAGUCCCAGUACUAGUAGUGCAUCCAAGAAGAAAGAGGCAGGCCCCUCUAAACCGAGAGGGAAACGGAACACUAGUGCUGGACCUAGACAGAUGGGAAGUCAUGAAGAUGACAAAAUUGGUGAUCCUAAUAGCUUUGCAGAUGCAGAUGCAGAUGAACUCGUAAAAGAACAUAGAAGUGCAAGUAAGAAAAAGUCUGCAGUCCCUUCUGGUCGUUCUAGAGGAAGAGGUCGAAAAAGGAUGAAUGUUGGACAAGAGACCAGUAGGAAUCAGGAAGAUUCAGAAAUUAAAGGGUCUACUUUGUCCCCAGAUGAGGAUUCACAUAAAAGGCACACAGACAACUACAAAUCAGAAGGAACCACAGUUCGUAGGUCAAAUAGGAAGAGGAAACAAGUAACAUACAUGGAAGAUGACCAUGAAGCCGAUGACAACGAUGUUCCCCUGCAUCAAGUUGAUAACAAUGACCCAAGCCAAACUUCCACAGAUGGUGACAUGGCUGGACGAGACACGCAAUUCAAUCUGCUCCGUCAGGAUACAGGCGAACUGAACAGCGAUCAGAUGCAUGAGGAUCCACACAUCGCUGAAGAUAUAAAUGAAGACCCCUUGGGCUUUGAGUUAGGAGAGGACCAGACAGAGUCUGCACCAAAAGAAUACCUCUUCACUGGAGGUGGAUUCUGCAUGGAAGAGGAGGAUGAACAAGGUACAGAAGUUGAUCGAUCUGGUGGGGAGACGGUGGAUGGAACAAGUGAUGCAUGCGAGGAUAUUGGCGUGGUUUCAGACGGUGGUAAAAGUACGGAGGCCCCAGCUGCAUCUUCAUCAAAGAGACGUAAUGCCGGCCCUGGUUUGCCAACGCCCAUCAAACGUAGGAGAAAAUAGCGGCAUAUUUACAGUGUAUCACGCUUCACGACUCUUGUCAUUAUAGCCUCUUCCGUUCAAGUUGGUGUAGCUCACGUUUUGAUAGUUUGCUAACUUUGCAGUUAGUUUUUUUUGCUACUGCUCUGUAGCUCAGAGCUUGUAGUCUAAACUGUUGUUGAGAAAAUGUCCGCUUAUUGUCAACAUUUA